CUGUUGUUACUCUGACAGAGAGAGCGUUCAACCGAGCUUUGAUUUACAGCCGAUUUCUUUUUGAUUUGAGAGCUCCGUCAACACGUUUGCACACUGUACUAUGGGAAAAGAAAGUAUCUGGCUGCUGGUCAUCGGAUUUUCUCUCAUUUCGUGCGACCCUCUUUCUAAUUCCACUCAGGCACCUUCCUCAAGUAACACCACUGACUGGAUUGAAGACUACAGUAACAUUCAGUCCAAGUUCUCACUGCGACAUGCUGAGUUUCCUGAUGAGGACCUGUGCUACCUUGUCCCAGGAGAAACAGCCACUGUCUUAGACUGCAACUUCAAGCCUGAUGCCCAGACCUUUCUGGUCAUCCAUGGCUGGUCGGUUGCGGGGCUGUUCGAAAGCUGGAUCCAUAAGCUGGUGUCUGCUCUGUUUGAGCGUGAGCCCACUGCCAAUGUCAUCGUGGUGGACUGGCUGGACCGGGCCAGCCAUCACUACCCUACCUCAGCUGAGAACACCAGACUGGUGGGGAGGGAUGUGGCCAAGUUCAUCAACUGGUUGGAGGGUCUAGGCUAUCCACUUGAGAAGCUGCACGUGUUGGGUUAUAGUCUGGGUGCGCAUGUGGCAGGCAUUGCAGGAAACCUCAGCAACAAGAAAGUCAACAGAAUUACAGGUCUUGACCCAGCUGGCCCAACCUUUGAGCAUGCACACACUCUAAAACGGCUGUCCCCUGAUGAUGCUAAAUUUGUGGACGUCCUGCACACUAACACAAGAGGCAGCCCAGACCUGAGCAUCGGCAUCCAGAGGACUGUGGGCCAUGUGGACAUUUACCCCAAUGGGGGCACCUUUCAGCCUGGCUGCAGCCUGCAGAACACAAUGAGGAUGAUCGCUACUUACGGCUUGUACAACAUGGACCAGCUGGUGAAGUGCUCCCAUGAGCGCUCAGUGCACUUGUUCAUUGACUCCUUGGUAAAUCAGGAUCAGCAGAGCCUGGCUUACCGUUGCAGCUCCAAAGAGGCCUUCUACAAGGGCCUCUGCCUGAGCUGCCGCAAGAACCGCUGCAAUAAACUAGGCUACAAUGUCAACAAGGUCCGAACAACCAGGAGUGCCAAAAUGUACCUCAAAACGCGCGAGAUGAUGCCAUACAAAGUUUUCCAUUUCCAGAUUAAACUGCAUCUCUUCAGCCAGAAAAAUCUGACCAUGGACAACCAGCCUGUUAAGAUUUCUCUGUUCGGAACUCGUGACCAGAGAGACGAUAUCCCCGUAGUUGUGCCAAGUAUGAUCACCAAUAUGACCAUCUCCUUCCUGGUGACAUCUGAUGUGGAUGUAGGAGAGCUGCUGAUGCUGAAGGUCCAAUGGGAGACAGAUUCAUACCUGCCUAGCUUCUUCAGUACCAACGAGUUCAAGAUCCGCAAAAUGAGAAUUAAAUCUGGAGAGACACAAACCAAGGUGAUUUUCAGACCCAAAGAUGUGGAGUUUGGGGAUCUCAUUCAGGGUGGUGACUCUGUGGUCUUUGUGAAAUCAAAGGAGAAUGAACACAGCAAGAGAGAAGCAAGGUCACACAGGCUUAAAAUGCAUGGCAGCUUCUUCAAGGAAGGUGUCAAUGAAUCAACAACAGAUGUGAAGAAAGAAGAGCCAGUGAUGCAGUCCAGUAAAGAAGAGUCCACAGAGAAACCAAUGGAGGUGAACACAAAGAAGGCCACAACUUCUUGAGACUGUAUCAGGGCCUGGUUAGUGACUUAAAAAGAAACUGCUGUGAACUUCGAUGCUAUUUGCAAUCAAAUUAAAGACUUCAGAGAUGUAAUCUCAGAAGAUAAAAAGGGAAUGUUGAACCUUGAAAUUUGAAACAGAUGGAGUGACGAUACCCAUUCUUAGUGUUCACCACAUAUAGGAAUCAGCAUGACAGCUUGAGCUUGAAGGCAGCUUUAGUAUAGAUGUAUAGACUUAAUGGCUAUUUGUUAGUAUUAAAUAUAGCUAAAUAAUAUUAUAUAACAAUAUUAUGUUACUUAUUAUUAUUAUUAUUAUUAUUAUUAUAAUUAUUAUUAUUAUGUGAGUUCUGAUUGUGAUAUAUACUAUUAUGGCUUGCCUUUGCUUUUACAAUGACAUACUAAAUAUGUUAUAUAACUGUGAUUAAAUAUAAAAUUCUUGCUACCUCUGGCUUAAUAGUUCUCUGGAAUUCAGCAUUCCAAUUAGGAAGUUAUACACGUUCAAAUGUUUGGAAUCACUUGCCAUAUUAAUAAGCUUUGCAUUUUUAUAUACAACAUCCAACUUAUAUUGUUAUACUGACUAAUUAUAUUAAUAUUUCAAUGUUUUAUUCAAUGUUCAAAUAUGUAUAAUAAGAAAGCUGUAUAACAUUACGAAUC